AUGGAGAACGGCCGGCCAUCGCGCGACGGCCAUGUUGAGCAGCAGCAAGAAAGCCUUAAUGCCAACUGGAUACAGGAAAUAUUUCGGCAACAGCAAGAUUCUCUACACCAGCAACAGCAGGCGUUUUUACAACAGCAAGAGCAGCUCAUGACAAAAGUUUUCGCAACUUUAAAGUCUCCGCAACCGACAGGAUCAGAGAGUGUAAUCGAAGCGUUAGCGAAGGACGUGCAAGAGUUCCGUUACAAUCCGGAUGAUCGCGUAUUUUUUGCCGGAUGGUUUACACGCUUCGGAAGUUUGUUUGUGGAUGAUGCGAGAGAGCUGGAUGAUGCCAUGCGUGUAAGAUUGUUGCUGCGAAAGCUUGGGAUGGUAGAGCACGAGCGAUACGUUUCACACAUACUACCGUCCAAGCCGGGUGAUUUUGAUUUCAACACAACGGUAACAAAGCUAAAGAAGCUGUUUGGCUCACCGUGCUCCGAGAUGGAAAGGCGUUUUAAGUGCAUAAAUAUGGCGAAAACGAAACAAGAAGAUUUUGUGGCAUACUCGUGUCGUGUGAAUAAGGCAGUGGUUGAAUCUGAGCUAAGCGUUUUAUCUGAAGAGGAGCUUAAAUGUUUAAUAUUUGUGUGUGGUCUCAAGGAUGAAAGUUAUGCCGAUAGCAUAAGAACUGUUUGGAUAAACAGAAUUUCGAAUUUUAAACGUGGACUGGUGAAUGUUAUUUUAAAUGAGAUGCCAACUCGGAUGAUGAUCGAUUCUGGUGCCGACAUAACCCUAAUAUCUAAAAAGCAUUGGUUGGAAAUGGGUAAACCGGCGAUGACACAACCUGACAUUAAAGCCAAAACAGCAUCCGGAGAGCCUUUGCACAUUUUGGGCGAGUUCCAGUGUAUGAUGAGCAUAGGGCAGCAGUGUAAGCCGUGUAUGGUACGUGUUGUGAACGCUGAUUUACUGCUGUUAGGUGCGGAUGCUAUGGAGAUUUUUGGUUUGUGGGAUGUUCCGUUAUCAUCAAUUUGCCGGCGAGUCCAUGUCGGCGAUGUGAGCUGUGGGACUCUUAGUACGUCAUAUCCGGAGUUAUUUGCUGAUAGGCUCGGGCGUUGUACAAAGACACAGGUUAAACUUCAAUUGAAGGAUGAUGCUUCCCCUGUGUUCCGCCCCAAGCGACCUGUUGCGUACGCUAUGUUACAGCCAGUGACUGAUGAGCUUCAGCGGUUAGAGGAAGAAGGGGUAAUCACACAUGUGGAGUAUUCGGAGUGGGCCGCUCCAAUAGUGGUGGUGCGCAAGGCAAACGGUAGUAUAAGGAUCUGUGGUGACUAUUCCACAGGCCUUAAUAAUGCGCUAAUGACACACCAGUACCCGUUACCUCUGCCAGAAGAUAUUUUCGCAAGCUUGAGCAACUGUGCAGUAUUCAGCCAAUUAGACCUCUCUGACGCAUUUCUGCAAGUGGAGGUAGAUGAAAAAUGUCGAGAUUUCUUAACAGUAAACACGCAUCGUGGGUUAUUCAGAUACAACCGAUUGCCACCAGGUGUUAAAGCUGCGCCGGGAGCGUUCCAGCAAUUAAUGGAUACAAUGGUGGCCAGUUUGGCUGGAGUAGCUGUGUAUCUGGAUGAUAUUGUUGUAGGAGGAAAAGAUAUGGCAGAGCACGAUCGUAAUCUUCAUGCCGUGUUAGAGAAACUACAAGAGUACGGAUUUACUUUACGUGCAGAAAAAUGCAGUUUUCGGAAGCCCCAAAUUAAAUAUUUGGGCCAUUUGUUGGAUGCAAAAGGGUUGCGGCCAGACCCUGAUAAGACUACUGCCAUCAUUAAGCUCCAGCCUCCGACUGACGUCCCGGGAAUGCGAGCGUUUCUCGGGGCGAUCAACUAUUAUGGAAAAUUUGUCCACAACAUGCGUAUGUUACGGCAGCCUCUGGACGAGCUGCUGAAGGAAGAGGGAUUAUUUAAAUGGACACCGCAAUAUUUGGCACCAGCCGACUUCUGGCUGUUCAACAAGCUAAAACUGUCGCUUCGGGGACAUCGUUUUGAUACUAUCGAGGAGAUAGAAGCCGCAGCGACGGCGGAACUAAAGGACAUCCCAGCAUCCGCGUUUUCUACCUGCUUCAAGGAGUGGGAGAAGAGGUGGAAGAGGUGCAUUGCAUCGGAAGGGGAUUGCUUCAAAGGUGACGACCUUCAUUUGACCUAA